AUGGUCAAUACACCACCGACAUCGAGCUCCUUUUAUGAAGAUGUGGAGGAGGUUCAAGAGACACAACCCGAAGUUAGUGUUUCGUCUCCGCAAAAAGAGAAAAGAAAACAUCGGAAGAAAGAAACAGAGGCCCCGAAGAAAAUUCCCUCUCAAGUUAACUGGUCGGAAGAGGAAAGUUUGGCGUUAUGUCGAUCUUGGGUCGAUGUAUCUGAGGACCCAAAAUGCGCAAAUUAUCAAAAGGCUCGGACCUUUUGGUUGAAGAUUCAGGAAGGAUAUCACAAAAUCUUGAAGAGACCGACUUACCGGGGUAUUGAAUCGUUACAUGGAAAGUGGCGAAAAAUUAGGACUAGUGUCACUAUGUUUAAUGGUAUCAUAACUAGGCUUAGUGGUUCAGGUUAUCAAAGUGGUAGUAGUCAAGAGGAUUUGAUUAGUAAUGCUGUUAGUGAAUACAAUGCUCAGUUUCCGAUUUUUAAGUUUUUGAAAGAAUGGCAGUGUUUGAGGAGAAGUUCGAAGUGGGAGGUUAUUGAUAGUUGGGAGGCGAUGAGUAGUCCUGGUGAGCCGAGUUCAAAACGGUCGAAGACAACAUCAGAAAGUUCGGGUCAACAAAGUGUGGGGUCGUCUGCGAGGGUUGCAUUCGACCUUAAUGAUACUUAUGAGGGGGAACCGCAGCCACAACUGUCUAGGUUGGGUCGUCCGGUUGGGAGGGAUACGGCAAAAAAAGCCGGUCGUGGGGGGGGGGGGGUUCAAGGAAGGGGAAGGCUGCUGCGUCGGUGGAUGUGGAGGCGUAUAACAUAG